ACUGCCAGGGGAUAAAGUGGACACUGAUGUUGUCAGCUUUUCUGUUUCGAAAUACUGGGUACUUCUAUCACAGGAAAUGGUAGUGCACAAUUUACAGCUUCUUCCCGUAGUAGAUGCAUAAUGAAGUCUACAGGGAAUAUUCAAACCUGUCAGUCAGAAACCAUUGCUUCUGAUACCGAGGAACUUGAAAGUGAGAGUGAGAGCAGUCAGACUGAUGGCAUUGCAAAAAAGAAGAGAAAAGUCUUUUCAACUGGCAUUAACAAACAACGGCAAGCAGCAAAUGCAAGAGAGCGGGACAGAACCCACAGUGUGAACACAGCAUUCACAGCUCUCAGGAAUCUCAUUCCAACUGAGCCAGCAGACCGCAAACUAUCGAAGAUAGAGACCCUGCGCUUGGCCUCCAGUUAUAUUUCCCAUCUGGCGAACGUCCUCCUCCUGGGAGAGGACUGUCUGGACGGGCAGCCCUGCUUAAAAUAUCAAGCUGUCAGGCAGGGCAGCAAUAACGACGUAAAUACAGCAGCACCCAGACCUAUAUGCACCUUCUGUCUUAGUAAUCAGAGAAAAAUGAAAGGAAAACAAGACUCUGCAGUGCAGUACACUGGUGAAAUGAUUAGCACUGCUGCCUCACAAAUCCAGGAAAUCAAGUCCGAUCUUGACAUCAUGUGCUGUACUGCCAUUAACAUAGAUAAAAACAAAAACAAUAGCCCUAACACCAGCCUCGAUGGAACACUACGAUUCACCUACCUCCAGUUUGAAAAACAAUCAUGA